AUGUCGGCAGCCAACAUCAUAGACUCUCUCGCCAAGUUGGGCAUCGUUCCAUCCUUGCCCAAGAAUACGACGAACACCAGCAAUGGGACCUCACUACAUUCGCCUCUUGUAGAUACUCUUCUGGCAUCUGCAGGACUAGGCGCGACGUCGCCUUUGGUCCAGAUAGCACUUUUCAUCUACACCCGCCUCUCGGACCACUUAGGCAUCGACCCCUCGCUGCUGCUUACUUUGUUUGGAGUUCUGUGGUCACUCAAGUAUUUUGUUUCCCAGGUGCAAACAUAUGUGGGCGAUGUGAUCGAGCGGUAUCUCAUGUGUAGUAUCACAGUGAGCGGAGAUGAUGAUAUGUACAACCACCUAAUGGAGUGGCUUAGCAAGAACCCCAAACUCAACAACAACCGCUUCCUCACGGCACAGACUGUAUGGAGUGGCCCUUGGGAAGACGAGCUGGACGAGGAGGGAGAGUUGAAGGAUGACAAGAAUGAUCUCUUCUGGACUGACGCGGGCGGCGAGACUCGCUAUCUCAACUUUUCAAACCAGGCGGCCAGGACAGCUCCCAGGUUUGUUCCCGCCUUGGGGUCCACCACGUUCUGGCAUCAGCGAACAUACUUCCGUCUGAGAAGGUCAAAGGAGACAGUUGUGAGUGUUGGGUGGGGCAAGUCAACAAAGGAUCAGGAGGAAAUCCGGAUCUUCUGCUAUGGACGAUCUAUCAUGCCUCUCAAGAAGCUUCUUAGCGAAGCCAAAAUGCAGUUCUUCCACGACACACACCAAAAGACCACGAUAUACCGUCCACGGCAGAAGGAGAACCGCAGAGAACAUUGGUCUAUGUGGCAACAAGUGGCUCGGCGUCCUGUCCGGCCAAUGGAUACCGUCGUACUUGCAGACCAGGAGAAGCAAGAAGUCCUUGCAGAUAUCAACGAGUAUCUGCACCCUGCAACACCUCGAUGGUACGCCUCGCGAGGCAUCCCGUUACGACGCGGUUACUUGUUCUACGGUCCACCUGGAACCGGCAAAACAAGUUUCUCUUUCGCAUUGGCAGGCGUAUUUGGUAUCGACAUCUACGUGAUCAGCCUACAGGAUGCUACAAUCAGCGAGGAGGAUCUUUCCGUCCUGUUUACCAAGCUGCCUAGACGGUGCAUUGUCUUGCUUGAAGACAUCGACACUGCUGGGCUCCGAAGAGCUAGUGACGAAGAUGAACAGGAAGAUGUGGUCGGCAAGACGGUCGAUGAAAAGGAGAAGGGGGUCGGUACUAAGGAGGAAGCCAUUGUCGUCAACGGCGAUGCCGAGAAGACUGUGGAAAACCAGGACAAGAAAAAAGAAAAGAAGAGCAAAGCCAAAAAAUGGGACACAGACACCAGCGACUCGGACUCUGAUUCGGACGAGAAAUCGAAGCGCAAGAAGAAGAGGAGCAGGAAGACGACACGCCGCAAAGACACAAGGUUGAUAGCCCCCGAGGCGAUAUCCCUCUCGGGGUUGCUCAAUGCCAUCGAUGGCGUAGCAUCUCACGAAGGUCGCGUACUCAUUCUCACGACCAACAAGCCGGAGAAUCUUGACGAAGCCCUUGUUCGACCCGGCCGAGUUGACCGCCAGGUGGCGUUCACCAACGCUUCCAGUGCACAGGCCGAAGAACUAUUCCAAAGGAUGUACGAGAGUAGGCGGUCACGACAGCAGCUGGUUAAGGGCGCACAAAAGGCAAAAUCGACAGUCGAGGCGAUCGGGCCCUACCUUGUUGAUGCCGACGGCGGCGGACCCCUGACACCGGAGGAGCUGAAGAAGAUUGCAGCUAAGUUCGGGCAGCUUGUUCCGGAGCAGGUGUUCUCUCCGGCUGAGAUCCAGGGGUUCUUAUUGAAGAGGAAGAAGGAUCCUCGCAAGGCCUUGGAAGAGGCGGUGUCUUGGAUCGAGGCAACUCUCAAGCAAAAGGAAGCUAAGAGCAAGGUUGUGACGGUCCAAUAA